AAAUACAGAUCUUCACUCACGGCCGUACGUGUGGAAGAAAGAAAGCAAGCCGGCAUGGCGGGCUCGUGGUCGUCCUCCUCCGCGCGCACGUCGUCUCUCGGCUCCUUGGGCGACGACGACGAUGUGGUUUUCGUGAUGAAGCCGGAUUCCAGCGCGUCAGGCAAGGGGAACAGCAUCGUGAAGUUCCUGUGCAGCUACGGCGGCAGGAUCCUUCCGCGCCACUCCGACGGAGCGCUCCGCUACGUUGGCGGCAACAACCGCGUCCUCUCCCUCGAUCGCUCCCUCCAAUUUUACGAGCUGCAGCGGAAGCUGAGGGACAUGUGCGGAUGGGAGGCGAUGAGCCUACGGUGCCAGCUGCCGACGGAGGACCUCGACGCGCUCGUCUCCGUCACCAGCAAGGACGACCUCAGCAACCUGCUGGAGGAGUACGAUGCUGCCAGCAGGUUCCGGCUCCAGCCGCUCAAGAUCCGGGCGUUCCUCUUCCCAAGGGCGACGCCGCCGCUCUCGCCAUCCACAUCCACCCCGUCGUCCAGGCCCAUGUCGGUGCACGUCCGCCAGCAGCACUACCGCCAGACGAUCACUCUUUCCCCUGCCGUUCGUCUUCCACGACAGCAGCACUACCACCGGCGGCCGCACCAGCAUCACGCAGUCCACACCGGCAUUCAGUUGCAAUAACGGCCUAGUGAGCAGCCCACGUGUGCUGGAGUACUCCACUAAGCUAGGUAGUCGUCACUGUUGUUAGCGUUUCAUGGCCUUAUUUAAAUAAGAAAAUCCAUGUGGAUGAGGCGUUCUUUCC